GAACAAAUUACAUCAAUCAAAAAAAUUUCACAUCUGGCACCACUACAAAAUCAUAUGGCAUUUGUUUAUUUGCAACAGCGUUCAGUCGGUGUGGAAUUUAUAAACAAUUUGUAAAAUUUUAUAUUUUUAAUAGAACUAAACUAAUAAUGAUAAAGCGACCACAAAGCGGCGAAACUGAAGAGGACAUAUUGCGCAUGCAAAAUGAAUUUUUAUCACAACGAGCCAAGAAUCCCAAAUUGCAACCAGCGGCACAAUGUGUAAAAGUGCAGAAAGAACUUAAAAAGUCAUUAUUCGUAAGGAAUCGACGGAAGGAUAGUGAAAAAGAUGUGAAUGCUAAUGCAGAGCAACCACCCAGGAAUGCGGUGCUUAUUUCGCAAGUUCAAAAAGAAAUCUUGGGUGAAAUUCAUGAAAAAAUUGUGGGAGAUGUAAAUGUGCAACCAGUGGAAAAUUUUAGUGACAUUGUGCUUGGUGAUAUUGUAGAGCGUAAAUUUGAUGCGCCAAUGCUGAACGAUAAAAGCAAUGUGGAGGCUGUAGCAUUUCCCACCAUAGAAAGAAAAGUUUUAAUUAAACCAUUAAAAACGGGUAAAAGCAUAUUUGCCUCCAACGAUGCUGGAAAAAAGCAGCAGUUUAACGCAAACGUAGCAUCAGUGCCCACUGAAGUUUUGACGAAAUUGUAUGGCAGUGAAAGUGUAAUUGUCAAUAACUCGCAAAUUGCGGAAGAAGUGCACAAAGAAAAUUUAGAUCUUUUGAGCAAAAUGUCAAGGGACGAUAUUUUAGCUGAAAGAGAAAAGCUGUUGAAUACAAUCGAUCCUACACUCUUGACAUUAUUAAAGAAGAAACGUCAAGAAAAGUUGAAUCCUCCAGUUUUUAUACCGGAAAGUAGUAUCAAAGUCUGUAAAGAUCCUGAAAAAACUGCUGCUCCGGAACCUAUGGAUGUGAGUGACGUUUUGACGCCUUCAAAUGCGGCUUUUGAAAUAAUACAACAAAGUGAGGCAGAAAACUGGGUGCACUUUGAUGUUGUAGAAACAGAUAAACUAAAGUGGAUGCGUGAUGUAGACGAAAGUGCGACAGAAAUGAAACCAGGCGAAAAAUUCGAAGCACGUUUCGAUUGGAAAGGCGUUCUUCUACCGUACUCAGUUGAUGCCAUCUCCAAUAGAAGCAAGCCUGACGAAACCGCAUCUGUAAACGAUGAUAGAGAACUUUACCUGCAUGGCGACGAACCUCAUCGACCUGGCUAUACACUGCAAGAACUUUUUCGCUUGGCACGCUCGAAUGUAAUGCAACAACGUAUAUCAGCAUUUGGCGCUAUUGGUGGUAUUUUAAGUAUAUACAAUCAAGGUUUCUAUGAUGGUGUCCUAGAGUUACCAAUUUCGAAAAUAUUCUUCUUACUACGUUUCGGUCUCGAUGACAAUACGCCAGCGGUUUUGGAGGUCGUCUCCAGAGCGCUUGCCUACCUCUUUUACAAUGAAGCGGAUGAGACACUGUUGGAUUUUAUUUUCGAUAACCCAGGCUGUCAGUGGCAGCCACGUUUAGAGACUGCAGAUAUGUCUGCCGAUAUUAAAGAACUCAAUGCUUUGGAAAGUCUACAAAAUCAAAUGCGACAGUUGCAAGUGAACGAUGAGGGCAAUCGUUCGUUAUUUCGCAGUGAUUUCGAGGAUAAUGAAAAUGAAAGUAAAACUUCUAUGAGCGAUUUUCAAUUAGCCGAAACGAAUUUAAUGGAAUGUUUACUGCGAACAAAUAUUUUGCAACGCGUAUAUUUUAUAUUGAACACUGUUAAGCCGGAAAAUAGUAGCGUGACUUCAUGCUUAAAAAUAUUAAUACGCUUGGCCCGCACAAAUACAGACAUUGCUGGCAAAAUUGUCGCAAAUACAGAUUUAAUGCAUUGUGUUUUCAAAUAUUUCCUGCCCGAUUUGAGUCACAUUGAAACAAAUUUGGCUACACCGCAAUUUUAUUAUUAUCCACAAUUUUUAUGCUUGAAGCUGCUGCGUAUUUUAAUAUCACAAAAUCUUGGCAUUGCUGUGAGAUUAAUGAACUUGCAGUUAAAGCAAAGUUUGAUCAAUUAUUUGUCCUAUCGUGCAGAUAUUCAAGAUGCAAUGAUUAAAGUGCAAAUAGAGUGUUUACGUAUUGUGCGUUGUCUACUCUUACUGCGUAUUGACGAUUCACUUUACAGCAGCUUGGACUCCGCCUUCUAUAAUAUGCUACAAUGGCACAGCAAUUACUUAAAGUUCGAAGUGGGCAGUCCAUAUUUGCUGCGACAGCACGCUUCAGCUUUAUUAAUGGCAAUUAGUAGCGAGCCUUGCAGUGCCAAAACGAAUCGUGUUUUGAGCGAGUUGCUAAGUAAAUGUUGUUGCGCCUGGUUCUAUCGUGCAACACGAAAUGAAGUUACAGAGUUCUCACAAACAACACUACUCAGUGCCUGCCUGCAUGUUGUGACUUGGGCCUUACAAAGGGAUGAAGUUGUAUAUUUUCACGAAUAUAUUGUAAAAUAUUUGCGUGAAUUUUUACUUUCCGCAUCAUUUAACAAAUGUUUAAGCCAACUUAUCACCUCCUCAGUAAUUUUACGCAAGUCAAACGAUCGCCGUUACGUGCAUACACCCCUACCUAAUGUAGGUGCUGUAUUGUUACAUGAAAAUGGUCCACAAUUGAUUAUACCACAAGCUUAUAGCGUUUAUUUUCUAACCACCCUAUGGCGUCUCAUGGAGUUGCAAACGUGCCAAAAUCGUAACGCAGAUAAUAAACUACUAGUGGAUGCUUUAAUGUCGCCGUCAGUAGUGGCGAGUCUUGUGGAGUACCUAACUUUGCUCACAACAAAUUUAAAUCAUUAUUUAUGUAGUAAUUUUUAUGCGAAAAUUGAAGUAAAAUUUGUUUAUAAACUUUUGAAUUGCGUUGAUUUGUUAAAGCAUUUCAAUUCAGCACAAAUACUACAACUUGCCUAUAACUACCUCUGCUGUCUCGGUGCGGAGCAUAUACAGGAGAUUGAACAACUUUUCGAAUGCAUAAUAUUCAAUUCGAAAUAUCUGAAUGUCUCCGAUUUGGCUUUAAAUAAGUGGAAAGAUGUUUUUGUGAGCUUAGUGCAAACGCAUUACAUAAUCGUGGAAUCUUCAAAUAUAAGUUUGUCAAAGUCUUCGCAUACCAACGCUAUUUUAUCACGUGAUUGGCCAUAUUUUUUCUUCAAGUUAAUGCUACAAAACUUCAUCGAUAAUUCCACGCAAAAGACAACGGUUGAUUUCACUGAGCGUGAUGUUCUGGAAAUGACUCUCAUGCUGGUCACUCAACUGGAGGACUCAAGUUCCAAUUUAAACAUUGUCACACCUACCGAAGAAUUAAUGUAUGCUAUGGCCGCUUUUAUGGGUCCAGAAAGUGAGUUUUUGUCAGAUGAAAUACGUCCGCUGCUGCGUAAGCAUUUGCUACGGUUUUAUGGUAAAUACAAGGACUAUACAUUUGAGUUCGACAAAGCGGCAUUAGGAAAAUGCACAUUCGAAAGUUUGUACUCGCUAUUCGUCGAUCACUUUCAGGCCACCAGUUAUGGCGAUGAAUUAUUUGGCUCCUUAGUAUUAGUACCGAUGGCACAAAAGUAUGAUAGUAAAUGGCGUCGGCGCAUGUGGUCGGAUUAUGCGCCAGCACUUUGCUACUUAAACUGUGAUGAAUCACUGCUCAUUAAUGGCAUAAGCGCAUAUUUGGAGCCUGUUGAAGAGGAAGAGUCCUUAAUAAAGUCAUAUGCGCAUGCCUUAAGCACGAAUGAUGUGCGCGUUGGUAGUUUACCUUAUAAAAUUGCUAAAUAUCAUGUCGAGCAUUUUAGAAGGAAAUCACAAAAAUAAAAGAUGCGUUUUUUUAUUAACAAUAAAAUCAAUAUUUAAAUGAAAAUUAAUUUUAAUCAAUGCAACAAUAAAUUCAAUUUCAUAUGACAUUCAAUUGCAUUGCACUUUUUCAAAACUCUUUAAUGGUUUUUAUGGAUACUGAAGGAGAGGUUCAAAGAAAGUAGCAAACAUUAGAAAAAAAAAAGAAA